AUGGCAGAAGAAAGAGAGCAUCUAGAUGGGAUUUUAAUCGCUGGUCAUUUCGAGCUUAUUUCUAUGACUUUUAGGUUAAAAAUUUUACAUAUUCAGCAGUCUUGCCUUCAUUGUGAGCAAUUUAUGAAAUUAAAAGGAUCAAAAAAAAGUUGA